UCUAUAGUAUGUAGUAUGUACUCUGUCGUCAGACGUCGAUAAUCAUUCGUCAAACAAAUAUUAUUUUCCAUUGUUAUUUUUUCUGUUCAUUCCGUUAGAAGUUUGAUUUUUGUCUAUUUUUAAUUAUUUUUUCAGCCGGCUUUAGUUUAAUUCCACUGUAUUUUUGUGUUAAAUAUUUUUCUGGCUGAUUUAAAUUUCGGCAGCAUGCAAAGUGCUUCAGACAUACUAUCGUCAUUGUUAUGGUUUAAAGAAAAUAAUUACACAGACGAUGAAAAUGAUGUUCAAAUAAUAGAGCAAUUUGUACAAAAUGUUGAAGAUUUUAGCUCGCAAUACGGAAGUGAAAUCAGUGUUUCAUAUACUGCAUUUAAUCUUCGUGGACCACCUUCAAAUUUUCCCGACUAUGGAGAUUAUCCACAAGCAUUUGUUAUGAGGACAUAUGGUACAUGGUGGGAUGAGGCACCAUCAGUGCAAGAGGACUUUAUGCCACAAAAUAAAAAUACUAAUUCAAGCCAGGAUUACGUAGAAGUGUCCUUUGAAAGAGCUGUUUAUCCACUAGAGGUGGCUGUUUUUGAAACUUAUAACCCUGGAGCCUUAGUAAGAAUUUGGGCUUUGGGUCCAGUGUCUUGGAUUUUACUAUGGGAGGGUGAACCAGAGUAUGCUGGUGAUACACCAAGGAUAUUUAGUCCCCCAAUAAGAGAAAUAAACUAUCCUACAAGAAUACUUCGUUUGGAAUUUAAUCACAAGCUUCUACCAUAUUAUACCGAACUUGAUGCAAUUUUGCUUAGAGGAAAAGAACCACCCAAUGAAAUGAAAAUUAGGAAUAACUUUUCAUAUUCAAGCCUUUUUUAUAAAAGGACUCAGCCCGCGAAAGGUACAUUGUUAAAUCAAGUAAUAGCAUCAAAUCUCCAUGAGAAUGUUGUACCACCAGCAAUGAUUCCAAAGACUGAACAAAUUCUUGACACUGGACCUGAGUUGGGUGAUUUUCAACGUUUGCCUGAUGAAACUAUACUGACUGUGAUGAAGUACCUCGAUAUGCAGUCUCUUUGUCGGUGCGCACAAGUCAACAAGCAUUUUCGAAGGCUGGCGUCCGACGCAAUACUCUACCGGAGUAUAGAUUUACGGCCGUAUUGGCACUGUGUUAGGUCACAGGUUUUGAUGACAUUGUCAAAACGUUGCAAGUUUCUUCAAAAACUUGACCUGUCAUGGUGCGGCAGUCACUGUAUGGUUCAACCACAUUUUGUUGUCGAUUUUCUGAAGGACAGCGGCGCGGAGUUAACUCACUUGCGGAUGAAUUGUUGCAAAUUCGUCGACAACUCGGUGUUAAGAGCAGUUGUUGAGACAUCGGCUAAUUUGCAAGAAUUAUGUCUUCGGUCUGUAGUUACCUGUUCCGAUUGGGCGAGUCUUGUGACGCUUACGAAGUUAAAAAGAUUAGAUUUAUAUAGAACUCAUAUAAAUACAAGCGCGGCUGUGGCUAUAAUACGAGCAAACCCUGGAUUGCAGCAUCUUAAUGUUGGUUCGUGCAAAAUGAUAUCUGGUAUGGAUGAAGUUGCAAUCGCACUUGGAGCUAAUUGUCCUAACCUUAUGUCGGUGGACUUCUGGAAGUCUUACUCAUUAACGGCCGUUGGGAUUCGGGCACUUGGCCAUUGCAAGCAUUUGCAAGAACUGGAUGUUGGAUGGUGCCUUCAAGCUGGAGGAUCAGGCGAAUGGUUGGCAGCGUUGUCUGGCGGAGAGCUUCGGAAACUUUUUCUUGGUGCUUUGCGUGGGGUUUGCGAUCGGGACCUAAGGACCUUAUUGCCGCGCGCCAAGAAACUAUCGCAGCUGGAUUUGUUAGGAGUGAGAGCUGUAACACCUGAUAUUUGUUCUGAUAUAUUAGCGGAAUGUCGAGAACUGAAAUUGCUUGAUGUCAGUUUUUGUGAUCAAAUACACGAGGCACAGGUACUAGAAUGGCGUCGUCAAUAUCCACACGUUAGUAUAAAGCGAUCGUUCCAGUCCGCUAACCUCACAGCGGCUCCAAACUCAUUAUUUUUAGCACCCAGUCUGGAGUAACUAUAAGUUUAGAGAAAUCCACGAUUUUGCUUAGAAAAUAUCCAAGGAAGUGUUGUUUAAACAACGAUAAGAUUGUCAAGUCUAAAUAAAAAAUAUAAUUAUUCUAGUGAUUUUGGAAGACUGAAUAGUCAAUUGAAUCUCUCAUAGAUAAGAUAUUCUUAUAUUAGAGCUUCUUUAUUAAACUCAACCGUCAAUUAACUUAAUAAUUAGAACCAUUAUUAUUUACCGCUAAUGAUUAGCAUUAAGUCCUAUCCAUAUUCCAAUAUGUCACUUAUGACGUACCAAAUGUCACUGUCAAUUACAAAUAUUGUCAGCUGUCAAGAAUGACAUACGUUUCAAAGAUUACUUUUUAGUGUCACAAAAUUACUUAUUACUUAACGGACUGAUACUUAACCGUAUUUUUAACUAUUUUAUUUAUAGCCCCCAUCAAACAAUGUAUCUAAUCACACGAUUUUAACUAAAGUAAACAUUUUGAUUGACGUAUGAUUUUUAAUAGCAACCUGUAUUAUUACUGAACGUUUUCACAAAGCUUUUAUAUAAAAUGUACUAUUUCUGCUAAUAUAUAUAAUAACAGUGUAGUGGCUUCAGC